AUUUGAACGUAUUUGUUUUGUCGUUGACGUGUUUAUCUGUGGCACGAAGGUUAAAUGUAGAAAGUGUCCGCUUGCGUUUCUCAAACGCCGAGUAACAGCUGAUCCCGGCUUAACGUUAACUUAACCUCUUCAGCGACAAGAAGCUGAAGAUGUCUGAACAGUUUGAGGAGAAGAUCAAGAACUACAGGACGGCCCCGUUCGAUGCCCGCUUUCCCAACACCAACCAGACCCGCAACUGUUUCCAGAACUAUCUGGAUUUCCACAGAUGUAACAAAGCUCUGGCUACCAAAGACCAGGACACGUCUCCCUGCGUUUGGUACCAGAGGGUCUACAAAAGCCUCUGUCCCAUCAGCUGGGUCCGGAAAUGGGACGAGCAGCUGGAGGCGGGAACAUUUCCUGGAAAGAUCUGAACGGCCGCGUUCCUCUCCAUUCCUUUCCGGUUGUCUUCAUCCUUGUAUCUUAAUGUGAAGCAUCUGCUCUUUCUGUACAGAAGCGACUAAAUAAAUU